AUGGUAGGACAAUUUAUUGAUACAUUCUGGCGAAAAUCAUUCAUAGGCGAUUUACGCCGAGCUAGAAAAGUCUCUGAUGAUGAUACUCAAUGGACUAUCAUAUACAAUGGCAAAGCUCAACAAUUUCAAUAUGUUUGGUUACAAGGACUUUGUAUUAAGAUCGACAAAAUUGCUGAUUUAAUGGUAAUCGAAGAUGCUACAGGACAAGCUGAAAUACAAAAUUGUUCUCGUAUCUCAGAUGCAUGGUCAACAAAUGAAGGUGAUUAUGUGAUGAUUGCUGGUAGAUUACUCAAUACAACCUCAUCAAAUCGUAUAACUAUUGAUGUUUAUAAAAUUCAAUAUUUUAAAAGGUCAUUGAAAAACGAACUCAUUUGGCCAUUUGAAGUCGUUGAUAUUAGUCAACGUAUUUAUCAUUAG